AGCUGUGCGCUACAAACACAGGCGCUCGGGGCAAACUUGGACAGACACACGUCUGAGAGACACGGAGACACACGCACACACGCAUACAGACGAACUGAAGGACUAUCACUGAGGACGUGUCAAAAUGAAGAGGAAUCACGACUUUAGCUCCUCUGACAGCGAGCUGGACGAGACUAUUGAGGUGGAGAAGGAGAGCGCAGACGAGAAUGGGAAUAUGAGUUCUCCUCUGGGCUCCAUGUCUCCUGCCACAUCCACUCAGGUGCAGGCGAGGAAACGGCGUCGAGGAAUAAUUGAGAAACGGCGCCGUGACAGGAUCAACAACAGUCUGAGUGAGCUCCGCAGGCUGGUGCCCAGCGCCUUUGAGAAACAGGUCAGUCAUAAUAAACAAUACAAAGAAAAAACAACUCUUAAUAUUACCAGUGAAGAGUUAAACAAAAAAAUGGAACCACAAGCUUUUGUUUUAAUUGUAUACAUGUAUUAUUUAUUAUUAAAGGGCUCAGCCAAACUGGAGAAAGCAGAGAUUCUGCAGAUGACUGUUGACCACCUCAAGAUGCUUCACGCAGCCGGAGGCAAAGGUUACUUUGACGCUCAUGCCCUGGCGAUGGACUACCGUGGUUUGGGUUUCAGGGAGUGUCUGGCUGAGACGGCUCGUUACCUGAGUAUAAUUGAAGGCCUGGAGAGUACAGACCCUCUGAGGAUGCGUCUGGUCUCCCACCUGAACAACUACGCCAGCCAGAGAGAGGCUCACUCGGGCCUGAGUCACCUGGCGUGGGGCUCUGCCUUCGGAUCCCCGCCCGCCCACCUCACCCACCCUCUCCUCCUCCAGCACCAGCAGGGCCCAACUUUGCCGCCUUUACCCCGCAGCACCACCAGCAGCCCGCAGACGCCUCUGUCGUCCACGUCCACCUCAUCCACUUCCUCCUCGCCGUCCUCGUCCUCGUCGGUUGCAGAGACUCACGUAGCAGGCAGACGCAGCAGCAGUGCCACCCCCCACUCGGAUCAAGGCCCAAUUCGGGUUCCCCCCACGACUGUCGCACCUACCACCGUCCUGCAUCCGGCUUUGGUCCCGUCAUCGGCGUCAAAGCUCUCCCCUCCUCUCCUCUCCUCCCUCUCGGCGUUCCCCUUCCCCUUCAGCACCUUCCCCAUCAUGUCCCCCGUCACCACCAUCAGCCCCCCCACCCCGACGUCCAGUGUGGGGAAACCCUACAGACCGUGGGGCAUGGAGAUAGGAGCUUUCUGACUGAAGUGAACACAAUCUGCAUUAUAGACUCUAAUCCACCACCCAGCUGAGCUGGACUUUCAAGGACAAGACUUUAUAUCAACUAAGAAAGUACUAUUUUUUUCUAUGACUUCGCCUGUUGAGGAUAUACAUAGCUAUAGGAUUUUUAUUUUCUUGCCAGUGUAUUGUGUUUUGUGUAGAAGGAAGAAAAACAGGCAGGAGAGGAGGGAGAGGUGCAGCGAAAAAGGCAACAGGAAUGAUUGAUUGUGUUGAUUGAUCUGUGUUCCUGCCCCUUUUUUUUUUUUUAUUUUGUUGUGUUUUAGAAGUUUCACCCACUCUUCUUGGCCAAUCAGGACUGGCUUUUCCAGAUGGUCAAGCAGUUGCCGUCCGUCAAGUUCCUGGGUGAAACUGUCCCCGCCCACUUUUGUGUCCCCCGCACAACACCCCACAUUCUGAGCUGACACACACAGUGUUGAUGCCCUGGUUACACACACACACACACACACACACACAGAGGGCGGAGGGCUUGACGUGGUUUCAGCGUCUCCUCCUUUUGACAGCAUUUUAUGGGGUGGAAUAACCGGAGCCAGGUGUUUGUUUGAUUAAAUAGUGGGAACAGAAGUUAUCUACCAGCUUGGUUGAAAUAAACGUAGCCAUGAUUUACCCACAACAUCUGAAGUUGAACUGGUGCUCCAUUGUUCAAGCGCACUUCCGUCCAUCCUGGUCCCUCUCUACAGUAAAUUCUGUCCUUUUAACAAAAUGAAGUUUCACAUAUGUUUUACCAACUUUUACUGUUCUGUUUUGUUUUCUCAUGUAAAUGAUGUUAGGGGUGAUUUUUAUCACCGUGUCUCUUGUGCUUGCUCAACGCGGCAGCAUCGGCGUCAAAGUGCGUCCCCCCCCCGAGAUGGAGGAGAGUUUCUACUCCAUUCAUCAGAGCAGCUGCAGUAAAACAAGGCCAGAACAAUUAGAAAUCCUUGCCUCCUCAUUUCCUCCAGAUAUUUCGGUGUCUCCUGAUGGACCUCACUGUGAGACUGUGUAUCUUAUGUUUGUACAAAACGCAGAGCGAGGACUGACAGAUGCAGUUUUCAUACUUUUAAAAGCUGCUGUCUGUGGUAAUGAUACAAUUCCCUGUAAUAAAGAGUUCUGAUACAUCA